AUGUCUUCUCCUUCGCCGCUGCAGAUUAUCAUCGGGAUUAGUGAUUUGAUUGAAGGCGCUAGUGGGAUGGUCGAUCAUGGCUUCCGCAUAUACACUACAGAAGGCAGGAUGGUGACUGAGAUCCCAUUGCUUGCUAAGAAGCAGUACGGUGCGGACCGAAUCAUGUGGCACCGGCAAGAUUUGCAUUCGCAUCUUCUGAAGGUUGCGAAAGAUGAGACGAGGAAUGGUCCGCCUGCAGUGGUGCGCACGGUCUCUCGCGUCGUUGACUGUAAUUGCGACACCGGCACUAUCACCUUGCAGAACGGUGACGUCCUCCAGGCAGAUAUUGUGGUCGGCGCCGACGGCAUACAUAGUGCCCUACGUUCACUUGUGUUGGGCAAAGAGGUCAAACCGAUCCCCACGGGCUCCUCCUGCUACCGGCUCAUGAUGUCUUCGCGCGAUAUCAAACAGCAGGCCCCGGAAUUUGCUGCAAAUAUCAAUCCGGAGCAACCAUAUACUUCUAUGAUGAUAGCCCACGACUGUCGCCUCAUCAUGGGUCCGGCGCGAAACGGCGAGUUGUACAGCAUCGUUGGUUUGGUGCCAGACGAAAAGAUGAACGAAGAUCCCGACAAAGCACAGUCGUGGGUUACAGAAGGCGACUCUGAAAAGAUGCUCGAGACCUUUAAAGACUUCCCAGAGUGGACUCGCACCGUCAUGAAGCAAGCUCAAAGUAUCGGGCUGUGGCAGCUUCGCGACCUCGACCCUCUCGAAACUUGGCAUCGCGGACGUGUCAUCCUGAUCGGAGAUGCCGCACACGCUAUGCUACCAACUCAAGGUCAAGGCGCGAGCCAAGCAAUCGAAGAUGCAGAGGCCCUUGGUGCAUUCUUUGCUGACUUGCAUGGGCAGCCGACGAGUGAUCAGGUUGCUAUAAAGCUAAAAGAAGUGUUUGAGGCGAGGUAUGAGCGUGCGAGUUUAAUUCAAAAGUUUAGUCGCGAUGCUGCGAAGCCGGCGAUGGAAAAGGGCAGUCAAGAGAUCAAAAUGCGACCGGAUGAGUUUAUGGAUUACAAUUGUAUGUAUAAAGGGGCGGUAGAGUGGAGCAGAGUGCAUGUUGUCAAGCUGUCUGCUUGA